AUGUCAGAGACGGAGUCCGUGGACAUUGCCACAUUACCCCUACCACAAAUCCAAGAAAUAGCAAAGCAGUUUGAGCAAAAGCUUCAAUAUAUCAAUGCUUCCCUACAGCAGCUUAGGAUGCUUCAGGGCCAAUUUGCUUCCUCUAGGGAUUGUUUGAAACACUUCAAUGUGGAGAACAAGGAUAAAAAUACACUGAUUCCUCUGACUUCUACUCUCUGUGUCCCUGGAAGGCUUAUCGAUCCAACUCGUGUACUUGUGGAUAUUGGAACGGGCUAUUUUGUGGAAAUGAAGGUAGAGGAAGCAAGUAAGCACUUUACAAAACGGAUAGAAUUUAUUGAAAAGCAGAUAGAAAAGAUCGCUCCCGUUUUGGCUCAGAAAACACAAGAACAUAGGACUAUUAUGGGCGUAUUUGAGGCCAAGGCCAAGGCUUUUAUGAAGGCACAAGGAGUGCAACAGGCAUCUUAA